CCUUUUCCUAGCGCUUUCAUUCUGCAAAGUUGGCUACACUAUCAGGAAAUGGGAAUUUUCUUUCUGUUUUUGAUCCUUCUUCUGACAGGCGAGUAACGUCAAAAUGACGAAUUCAAAGGGAUACCGUCGCGGAACAAGGGACUUGUUUUCCCGCAAGUUCCGUAAGCAUGGAACCAUUCCACUCUCGACCUACAUGAAGAUCUACAAAAUUGGAGACAUGGUCGACAUUAAACAAAAUUCGGCGAUCCAAAAAGGUCUGCCCUACAAGGUCUAUUAUGGCAAGACCGGACGCGUCUUCAACGUGACCCCUCAUGCUCUUGGAGUCGUUGUCAACAAGCGUUUCCGAGGUAGAAUCAUCCCCAAGAGGAUUAGUGUCCGAGUUGAACACGUCAAUCACUCCAAAUGCCGGGAAGACUUUCUCAAGAGAGUCAAGGAAAACGAGCGUCUCAGGAAGGAAGCCAAGGAUAAGAAUGUCCAGGUUCAAUUGAAAAGACAGCCUGUUCAACCUCGAGGAGCUCACAUCGUUUCCGGAAAGGUCGCGCCACAAGUUCUUGCACCUAUUCCUUACGAAUUUGUUGCUUAAACGUGGAAUAAAUUCUUUCUAUUAUAUUUAA